AUGCCCGACGAUAGCAAAGUCAUGUCGUCCGCCGACGUCGAGGAUACACAUUCUGUCAAGAUGGGAGAAGUUGCCUCGGCCAACGUUGAUGUGGCGGCUGCCUAUGCUCAUCAUCUCACGGGGGAGAAUGCCGAGAAGCGCAAGCUAAUAGUCAUAUCAGUCAACAUCACGCUGGGCGCUAUGGACAAAGUGACGACAGCUACAGCGGCCUUGUACGGCUUCCGAGCUGAUACUGGCUUGACUGGAGACAGAUACAGCUGGGUUGGCAGUGCAUUCUACUUUGGUUAUCUGUUCUGGUGCCUACCGAGUGGCAGCCUCCUCCAACGCUUCCCGAUUGCCAAACUAAUGUUUGUCGUCCAACUCCUCUGGGGCUGCAUUCUCAUCGCGACGGGGUUUGCCAACAACUUUCCUACACUUAUCGCACUCCGUGUCCUUCUAGGAGCCCUUGAAGCUCCUAUCGUACCCGGUAAUUUCCUCAUCAUCAGCAUGUGGUACCCUCGACGUGAGCAACCUCUUCGAACCGGCUUGAUGUAUACGGGUCUUUCUGUGUGCUUCACUGGCCCAAUUGGAUAUGGUAUUGGAUUCCUAGCAGGCGAACAUCAAUGGCGCGCCAUGUUUUGGAUCACAGGCGCAAUGACCAUUGUUUGGGCUUGUGUGAUCGGUAUCUUCCUACCCGACAAUCCUGUCAAGGCGAAGUUCGUCAGCGAGCGACAAAAGGCCAUCGUAAUUGACAAGAUCCGGCAAGAUCAGACGGGAGUGGAGAACAAAACGUUUAAGAAAGACCAGAUGAUUGAAGCCUUCCUUGAUCCUAAGACGUGGCUAAUGUUCUUCUUUCAUAUCUGGAUCAGUAUUCCGAACGGAGGUUUGACGAACUUCACGCCUCUCAUCAUAAAAGGUCUCGGCUACUCGUCUCAGCGCUCGACACUUCUCACAAUGCCUACCGGUAUCUUGCAGACCAUAGCGUCAUACGUUUGCAAUGGCGGUGUAUUCCUGACUGCGAAGUACCUUCCGGCAAAACAGUUACGUACCGCUUGGGUCAUGUUCGGUAUCAUCGUCGGCAUGAUCUCAGCAGUCUUCUUAUACGUUCUGCCGCUCGACAACUACAAUGGGCGUCUCGCAGCGUUGUACUGCUCAUACUUCUACCUUGGCCCCUACAUUGUCGCCCUCGGUAUCAACACGGCAAACACCGCAGGCCACACGAAGAAAGUUACCGUCAAUGCGCUGGUAUUCAUCGCAUACUGUAUCAGCAACAUCAUCGCGCCCCAGUUCUUCAAGGCUGAUCAGGCACCGCUGUAUCCACUUGGUAUGGGUGCUGUGCUUGGAAGCUACGUUCUGUCAAUGAUCACCAUCGCUAUGUAUGCAACAUACUGCUGGUAUGAGAAUCGCAGGCGAGACCGCAUCGACUCUGAUAAGGGUGGAAGGGUACAUGCAGAUACUGACUUCCGCGACUUGACCGACAAGCAAAAUGUGCACUUCCGAUACGUGUGGUAG